AUGGUGGCGAAGGUGGAACUUCACACCGGAGCCCAGCCCCUCCUUGCCGGAUUUCGUGUGGACGAGGCCCGGCAGAAGAACCGCUUCGAGCAGCACUACCACGCGGCCCGGAUCCGCGAGGGGCUUGACCCAGAGGACGACAAGGACAAGCUGUUGUCAAGGGAGCAGGAGAAGGAGGCCGAAAAAUGCGCGGAGGCAACGAGACUUCAUGUGGAGAAGGGGGAGCGUGCGAGGAGGUCCGGGAAGUACGAGCGUCUGGCGUCGGAACGUCAGCUGCUGGCCCAGCAGGAGGCGGAGCGGCGUCGCCGGGAGGCGUGCCGCCUCGAGCGUGAGAAGAUCAUUGCCCAGCAGGAGGCCCGGCGGAUUUUCUAG